UCAUGCUGCUGCCAGGUCCAGAGUGUGUCAUGGGUCCCUGUACGGCCUCCCAUUGCUGCUGUCUCCAUCGCCACACUCUGCCAUGUGCCACUUUCAGGUCUCCUCACACUGCUGGUGGGUUCCAUUUUGUCAUAGGGUGCUGGCAGAUUACGGGCCUCCCAUUGCUGCUGCCAGGCCCGUAAUCUGCCAUGGGCCCCCGUACCGCCUCCUCAUGCUGCUGCCAGGUCCAGAGUGUGUCAUGGGUCCCUGUACGGCCUCCCAUUGCUGCUGUCUCCAUCGCCACACUCUGCCAUGUGCCACUUUCAGGUCUCCUCACACUGCUGGUGGGUUCCAUUUUUUCAUAGGGUGCUGUAUGGCCUCCCAUUGCUGCUGCCUCCACCGCCACACUGUGGCUCCACACUCUGGUUUUGGCCCCGUGACUGCCCAAAUGAGUGAAGUGUGCGGUGAUUCUAAGAUCGACGGCACUCAUCUGCAUGUCAUACUG